AUGCUGUGCUUCGACUCGGAGAAGAUGAAUUGGUACUACCAUGUCCUGGCCAGACGCCCGUACCUAGUUGUGGUCUCGAUUGCAGUCUGUUGCGUGGCCUGCAUAAUUGUGGCGCUCAUCCUCAACAAGCUGCCCGACUUCAGUGACCCCACCUUGGGGUUCGAGACGAGAGGCACCAAAAUCGGGAAGCGCCUGACGGCCUGGUACAAUCUUCUGCAGGAGACCGACGGGCACGGGGUGCUCUUCUCGAAUCCGUCGGAUAUCUGGGAGAAGCGCAGAGUGGAUGAGGGGUACGGCGUGUCCCAGCUGCAUCCCAAUCACAGGCGGCGCAAGAACCAGCGCAAACACAAGAAGAAGAACAAGCGGCGAAAGGAUCAGCAGCGCCACGAGCACGCGGAGAUGGCCGAGAAGCUGAUGCUACUCAAGAAGCGCCUGAAGGGGACAAGUGCCCCAAAGAGUGAGGGCACCGACCGUGACACAUGGAUGGGGGACAGCGGCGUCUUUCGGGACUACGAAAUAACCAACGACAGUGCCGCCUCCCCGCUGGAGCCGACGGGGCGCAGUGAGAAGAUUCAGUACGGACACAACACGACUUCGGUGGAUGAGGAAAAGCACCGCGAACGCGUACAAACCAAGAAGAGCACCUGGCGGCUGCUGAAACAGGCAGCCACAUUGCCCACCGACAGUUGGGCGGACGCACACCUGCGCCAGCCCAUUGAGGGAUUCUUCUGCGACGCGUCACCACGCAAGGAAUAUUCUCACUUUGUGGUGCAGCGCAUUGGACCCAAUGCCACCGAUUCGCUGUUUGAUUUGAACGGCCUAUUGGCCAUGUGCCAGCUGCAGGAGCAGAUCAGAGACGUUCCCAGCUACAAGGCAUACUGUGAGCCCGAGAUGCUGACCUCCGACUGCUGCAGGCCCUGGUCGCUGCCCAACUAUGCCGCAAUGCUGGCCAACAAAAGUUCCUGUUUCGACCUAACGACGGAGGAUGUGAGCUCACUGCAGUCGCUGCUCGUGGGCUGCUUUGAGUACUUUCACGAUUUAAAGUUGGACAACAACUGCAAUGAGUACUCCCGCUGCUAUGCGCCAGAGCAAUGCAAGCGCCACAAUUUGGUCUACAAUGUGCUCAAUUUUCUCAGCGACUACAGCUUCAUCAGGCCAAACAAUUCGAACGUUUACUUGAAGUACGCCAUGAUCUUUGUGCCUGUGGCGCACUCGAACCGUGUGCUGCCACUCUUUCACGAAUGGGAAGAUGCAGAGCUACGCAACGAGCUGGUGGAAGUGAUUGCCAUGGACUUGGGCCUGGAGAAUGAACUCUUCAACGAGCUGCUGCUGACGGACGUCUGGCUGGUGUCGCUGGGCGGACUCUUUGUGAUGGCCAGCGUGUGGCUGUACACCGGUUCCGCUUUCAUCACGGCCAUGUCCUGCGUGGCCGUUUGCUUCUCCUUGGGACUGGCUUACUUUGUGUACGCCAUAGUCCUGGAGUUUGCCUUCUUCCCCUACAUGAACCUGCUGGCCGUUGUCGUGAUCAUUGGCAUUGGAGCCGACGAUGUGUUUUUGUUUUUAAAAAUCUGGCAGUGUGUGCUGGCAGAACGGUUUGGCUGCACGAACCGCUGCACACUGACCACCGCUCAGUCGCAGAGUGCGCUGCCCACACCGCUGGAGCAUGGCGAGCACACGGAGACGUUGGAGAACAUCAUGGCCCUGACAAUGCGGCAUGCGGCUGCCUCGAUGUUUGUCACAUCGCUGACCACAGCUGGCGCUUUUUACGCCUCCUACAGCAGCUCCAUAACGGCCAUUAAGUGCUUUGGGAUAUUUGCGGGCACUGUUGUGGUGACAAAUUAUCUGCUUAUGAUCACCUGGCUGCCCGCGUCGGUGUCCAUAAUGGAACGCCUUUUUGCAAGCAGAAUUUCGUGUCGCCAGCCGCUGCUCCAGAGGCUAAUGCAUUCCUGCAAGAAGUCAAUUAACAGAUUCUGUCAGGUGUUCGAGGAGUGCAUAACGCAGAGCAUCAUGAACUACGCCUACAUGUGGCUGUUGCUCUUCGGGGCUCUGGGCACAUCGAGUGCCAUCAUUGUGUUCUGGUAUCCAGGACUCCAGCUGCCGGAAAAAUCUCACUUCCAGCUAUUUGUGUCGCAGCAUCCGUUCGAAGUUUAUUCCAGCAUUAAGCAUCAGUUUUGGUUCGAGAAGCCGCUGCAGGUCUACGAGAACUUCAAGAUGCACAUGCACUUUGUGUGGGGUGUGCAGGCUGUGGACGAUGGCGACUAUACGAACCCCAAAUCGUAUGGCAGCCUCCACUAUGACAAUAAUUUUAGUAUAUCCAGCAAGCCAGCGCAGCUCUGGGUCCUCGACUUUUGCCAGAGUGUGCGCCAGCAGCCGUUUUAUCAAGAGACCUUUGGCAUGUUGCUGCCAAAUUGUUUUAUCGAAAAUCUCAUCGACUUCAUGAAGCGCAGAUGCAUCGAUGACAUGGACAUCAGACGGAAGGAUCGUUCGCCCUGCUGCGACGCUCAGUUUCCAUACGAACCUCACAUUUUUGACCUGUGCCUGCCCCAGAGCGUGGCCAAUCUCUACGACACAACCAUGUUCUUCCAGCCAGGUGUGGCGGGACCCAAAUUUGCAGCGUCCAACCGACUGGAAGAGGAUGAUUACUAUGGCAUCAGUGUAAACGAUAGCUUGGAGUCAGCCGGCCUCAAUGGGAGUGCCAUACCGCUGUCGGUCAAGGCGCUGGUAAUUGAAUUCGAGUCGAAUGUCGCCUACAGCACUGUCUAUGCCAACAUCAAAGAGUUCUACGAGACUGUGGAGCAUUGGUUUCAGCAGCAACUAAGCACAGCGCCCGUGGAAUUGCGUGGCGGAUGGUUCACCAGCGAUCUGAAGUUCUACAAUGUUCAGGACACGCUUUCGCAUGACACAAUCGUGGCGAUUACGUUGGCCAUGGUCGCCUCGCUCCUUGUGCUGCUGUGCUUCACCCUUAACCUGCUCAUCUCCAUCUAUGCCGUGCUCACCGUCUCCCUGAGUAUUUUCAACACUGUGGCGGUGCUCAUCCUGCUCGGCUGGCAGCUCAACAUUCUCGAGAGUAUCGCUGUCAGCACAGCCAUCGGGCUGGCAGUGGACUUCAGCCUACACUACGGCAUUCAUUAUCGAAUGUCGCCGAUUAAGGAGCGCACUGCAGCCACACAGUUUGUGCUGUCGCGCAUUAUCGGACCGACGGUGAUGGCUGCGACUACGUCGGGUCUGGCUGGUGGCAUUAUGAUGGCAUCGAACAUACUCCCCUACAUACAGAUUGGUGUCUUCCUGCUGGUGGUCAUGAUCAUCAGCUGGCUGUAUGCCACCUUCUUCCUGAUGAGCCUGCUUAGGGUGGCGGGACCGCAGCAUGGUUUCCUGCAGCUAAAAUGGCCUGUGUGGCGCAAGCAUCACAAUGCCAGCGGGAAGUUCUACGAGCGUAAACCCAGCCAGGUGAUUGCCAGUGAGCAGCUGUUGACGCCCACCAGCUCGGCCAUUGUGGAGCUGGCCAAUUCGGAGACUCACGAACUGGAAUCGCUCAACUCCAACAGCCUGAUCAAAACUAUUUCGGGCACUGAAAGUGCACAUGCAUUGGGCUCGCUGCCGAAUGACUUCGAGCACUCAUUCCAGACGCUGCGCGAGUGCAAAUAUCAAACGUAUCCGUCUACAUCAAAUUGAGUUAGUUACUAAUGCCGGCCAACUAGGGAGGAGAAGGAGGAGCAACUGCAUUUUUUAAUACGGGGCAGGGGGUAGCCCCAGCCACAUGAAAGCCCAUUUAGAUGCAUAUACAUGUACAUAUAUGUGCCAGCGCAGUUCUAUUUGUGGAUAUAUACUCCUAGUUGUAUGGGUACUUGGUAGGUUUAAGCGAAAUAGUUGUAAACUUUUGUUUGGUGGCCUCAAAUGUACGAGCAUCACGCUUGUACCUGGGCAAGUAUGAGUGUAUUGCUCCACAUUUGAGCCACGAGGUGAAGCCAUUGGCGGUGGUAAUAGUAUUGUCUGUGUCGGCAGGACUCAUCGUACGAUAACGAUACUGUUACCUCUUGGCCAAUGCUGCUGCAUGCAUGUACUUAACGGUAAUCAAACACAAAUAUUUAUACUCGCAAACUUUUAUUAGAUGUUAAUGGGCGCCAGCAUAUACAGUAGUUACUUUCUAUGCUAGUUAUACAGUAUUUGUAUGUCUGUAUGUAUGCAGUAUUUGUUGUCUAUCCUAGUUGUGUGCGUUCAAGGACAAGCACAUACACACACACAAACACAUGCAAACAUACACAAACGCACUCACAAUUGUAAUAACCAUGUAACUGUGAUACAGAAAAUGAGAAACCUAAAGUAAUUUUGGUGUUUAUACAGACAAAGAGUUGUACUUAGUGUAUACCACCCCCUCCUAACCAUGACGUAUUGUAAUUAACUACAACCAAAAGGCUCUGUACUUCCUUCAGUGAACUAACGUGUUGAAGUGAUUUAAUAAAUGUUAAUUGUAAACUAA